AUGAAUUUAAGAUGUAAUAGCAAGGAAUUUUACCGUAGAUAUCCAUAUACGGUUAACAAGAUUUGUAAUAUUCCAGAAAUUGUUGAGAAAUAUGUUCCUAAGAAUAUUGCUUCACAAGUUCUCAAUACCGAUGUCAAGCUUGCUGAUUUACUCUUUGGAGCUGAUAUUGUUGAGGUAUGUAGCAAAGAAUUUGUCACUCCUGAUUUCUCAACUGUUACUAAGCAAAGUGGUUAUGAAAACAUCGGUGAAGGAAGUGUAAAGCGAUGUUUGUUAGAUGAAUUUGAUGCAGAGGAAGUAAUCUGUUCUGAUAAGAUCAAGAAGAAAAUGAAGAAGGUGAAUGUCAUUGAAGAUGAUGAUUAUGAGGAAGCAAUUAGCUACACUCAGGAUUUAUCUGGUGCUGAUUAAUUGAAGACAUGUUUUAAGUUCUUAACUGUUUUAAGUUAGUUGAAGUGUUUUUUGAACUUAUCUGAACUUCUAUUUUGGUUAGUUGGUUUAGUUGGUGGAUUGUUAGUGGACUAUCUUACAACUCUUAUCAGUUCUGUGUUCUUUUGGUAGUUCUUUGUAAUGAUGGUUUAUGUCUUUUUCAUCACUUUUGUAUCUUUUUGUUGCAUUCCAGUGGGGAUGUAGGAUAAGGCAUUCUGAUUUUUGUUUAAUCAAGAGAAAGAUUUUGCA